AUGGUCGAGUUAACAAUAUUCCUGUCGCUUUUGAUCUCCGUGGCAUUUGCUGCAAGUCCUUGUGAGAAACCCACAAAGGAUUGUAACAACAAAACCAGUUUCGUGAACGAAGUGAAAGCUCAAACGCUGUGUAGCUGGGAGAAACUACUGUGGAACGACGAUUCCGUGGCAAAUGUUUGUUCCGAAAAUCAAGUUGCAUCGAAAAAUAUCCCGUGGAAAUUUGUCGUUAUCAAUUCGCACGUUUACGUUUUAAUUCGUUCGAAAAAUCCGGGCACUUACAGCUCCUUAAAUCGCUUUUUAAUUACCGAUGCGGUCGCAAACACCAAAAAUACGGAUGGCUCGUCGCAAUGCCCCGCUCUUGAUUGUUACCCGAGUUGCGAGGAAAAUCAAUUUUUUGCAUCGGACACGUGUGAAGCCAAAUUACCUGAAAUUAUCGAUGCUGUGGAUGUUUUUCGUGACAAAUGUGGUCGCUUGUGGGUCUUCGAUACCGGGUGCUAUCACAAUGGCACGCAGUUCCAAUGUGUCCGGGCCAGUAGUUUGACGGCAUUUUCCAGUGAUGAUGUCUUGCUUGAACGAAUUAGCGUCGAAGAAUACGAGUAUUCUGAAACUUACUCCGCGAUGAUUGUAAAUGAUGACGAACUGGAUUGCGAAUCUGGCGAAGAAAAAAUUUAUUUUUAUCUCUUGGAUUCGAAGAGAAAACACAUUCGCACUUAUUCGUUGAACGAACGGAAAUUCUGGGAGUUUAGAGCUGUUCCUUUCCGUCCGGAACCGUCUGAGAGCAAUUUUGAGGUGCAAAUUUCGCAAAAUCAGCACUUUACGUACACCGUUAAUACGGGCGUUAAAAAUGCCGUUCGUGGUCCGUAUGGGUUGUUUUUCCAUUGUGGCGCUGGAAAAUAUUUGUAUCAUAUUCCUUAUGCAGUUUUGAACAACGAAGAAGCUUCCAAGCAGAACGAACUGACUUUCCAAAUUGAAAAACUCACGAAAUUCAAUAAAAAUGGACAAAGUGUCGGUUUGUUGAAUGACGGGAAUAUUUUUUACUUCCUUCAAAUCCAGAACGGAGCCGUUGCUUGUGUAAACGGUGCCGAAUUAAAAGACUUCCAACUCAUCACAGUUGAUAAAAAGAAAUUUUCGAGUACUUGUAGCAUUCAAUUGUAUGCCGACAAUACUGGAAAGAAAAUCAUGGUUUUCUCGAAUAAUCGUUUUGAUAUUCAUCAGAAUGGAUUGAAUGAAACUCAGCCGAAUUUUGUGAUUUCUUACAUUGAUCCGAAAGAUGUGGAGACUUUUUAUCCAGAAUGCAAGGGACACUUUAUGGAUGUUUACAGGCCACCAGGUGCUCCAGCUGAUUAUUUGGCAGUUGAUAAAUUCCAACAAGCAGCUGCAGAAAAAAAUGAAUGUCCGCAUGGAAAGGAUAAGAAGGAAAAAGUUGAGUUAAGUCGCAGUGACGAAGCGUUGUAUCAAAUGUUGUUGGCGCAGAUUUUAGGACAGCAAAAGAAAUUGUCACCGGAUUGUAUGCAAAAGCAAAAGCCGGUGGUUUAUGGAUUGUAA